AUGCAUGAAUCAACAAAUCGAAAUAUAAAUUCAUCAUCAUUAUUAUUAUCAAAUGCAAAUCGUUCAUUAAAUAUUCAUCCACCGAAAUUAACUCGUUCAUUACAACAAGAUAAUGCAUCAAAAAAACUUAAAAUUAGCCAUGGAAAUGGUGUAAAACCAAUAAUCGAUGGAAAUUUAACUGUUCGAAGUUCAAAAACUGAUACAUCAUUAAGAUGUCCUUUACGACAAACAUUACCAAUAUUUAAACAACCUGUUACACAUUAUCCUAUAGAACGUGAUGAAGUUAAAGCUCAAAUUACUCAUCAAACUAAAUCGAAUGCUAAUGGAAAACCAAGUGAAAAAACUAAACCAAGACAACUUUUUUGGGAAAAACGUUUUCAAAAUAUUCGACCAACUGAUAUUGAUGAAAAACCUUUUGAACAGGUUAAAUUACCUGAACCAAUUAAAAGUGUUGGUCUUAACAUGUCACCGGAAACAGUUCUUAUAAGUCUAGCGACAUCUCUUCAUCUUUAUAGCAAUUCACGUGCAUUAUUUGGUCAAAAAAAAGAAUUUCAAAAAAAUCCAACUAUUUAUAUUCAACGUGAUCAACCAUUAAUUAAUUAUGUUAACAUUACAGAUGAACAUAUUCGUGCUCAAGAAGAAAAAGUCAAUGAAUUGCGUAAACGUAUUCAACAAACAAUGUCUAAUAAUGAUAAUAAUGAAGUUUAA